CACGAGGAUUAUCUACUGAUCAAGUAGUGACUACUGGAGGUGAUACAGAGGCAAAUAAAAACCACCAUGAACGACAUGACAGUAAGUCAAAAAAGGGUACUAAGUCUCGCGAGAGGUCAAACGAGAAGUCAUCAAAAAUUGAAAAACUGAAAAAAAUUCUUUCACCGAAAUCGACCUCGGAGAAGCACCAGAGCGCGAAUGAUGUGAAACCAGCAGCUGGUAAGCAUAAACCUUCUAUUCAACAUAAAUGUGACAGAUGUGAAGUCCCUAAUUCUAAUCUCCUAGGCUGUGAAUUUUGUGAUCUCUGGUUUUGCAACUCUUGUGAAAAUCUCGAUGAAAAUGAUUUAGCCCUACUUAAUGCAUCAACUAAUGGAACCCACUGGUACUGCCAUGAAUGUGAACCACAAGUUAGGUUUAUCCUUGAGCAAGCUAAAUCGGGAAUUGUCAAUGUUGCAAAGUCAGUUGCCCACUCCCUGGAAUCCAUCAAAAAGAAUCAAAGUCAGACAAAUAGGAACGUGGAGUCAGUUUCAACUAAAGUUAAGAACCUCCAAGAUCUGUAUAACAAUGUAAUCCUAAAAAUUGACACACUCAACGAUUCAGUAAAUGAGAUCAACCUAGAAAAGGGAGCCGUGGAAAAAUCACUAAAAGAAGUAGCCC